GAAGUGCCCCAGAAUUACGGUACAAGUCAUGUCGUUAUCCUUUUAGAUUCGGACGAGUUUCGUCGUCGCUCAGGAUCAUCACGAAGCGACGGCAAGCGCUGGGGACGUAAAGAUGCCAGUGGGGGCGAGUUGAGAUGUUGCAUUCAGCCGGAUAUAUUGCGCAGUAAUGUCGACAAGCACUGGUUUUUCGAAGAUGAGCAAGUGCGAGUGAAUGGCUCGGUGUUCGCUCGUCGAGAAAACUUCGACAAUCUCCUCUCUAUCAUUCCGUUGUCAAAGUUCAACGGUAUUCAUAUAAAGAUGGAAGAUGACUGUCCGCAAGGCGGUGACGAUGUUCGUCUGUGCCUUCUGAAGACGUUGGGAGCACACAAUCAGCGCGUUGUUCCCUGUGUCGGCUGUCAUCGUGACAUGGUGGUGUAUGAUCGAUACCCUCUCGUCGACGGAGUGUUCUUCUUGUCGCCAGUUUGCCACUAUGGACCGCCAACUGAGGUGAUGUACGAUGGAAAGCGCAACUACUUGCAGCAGCUCUGCGCCAGCUGCUUAUGGUCAGAGUGGCGUUGUAAUAACUGCGGACGAGGUAUUUCAGUAAUUUCAAUGGGAACAGUUGCGUACUGA